AUGAUUCCAGAAAUGUAUCAGAAUGAAGAAAAAGAGAAUAUUCAUCCUACAUCGGCCUCGAAAAUGGAGGAUUUGCCCCAAAAUUUCAUACAGCUACUACUCCUACAAAAACCUUGCCCCAGAGGCUCAGAGAAUUUGGCCAAGAAAAGCUGGUAUCAAUAUGGUUCAGAGGAGAGAGGACAUCUGAUUGAGAUCCAAGACUUACUUGCUCCAAGCCUGGGUACCCAGGAAGAGCCUCGGUUAGUUGUACUACAGGGGGCUGCUGGGAUUGGGAAGUCAGCACUGGCCAGGCAGGUGAGGAGAGCCUGGGAGGAAGGCCAGCUCUACAGGGAUCGCUUCCAGCAUGUCUUCUUCUUCAGCUGCAGAGAGCUGGCCCAGUGUGAGCGGCUAAGUCUGGCUGAGCUCAUAGCACAAGGCCAGGCUGUGUCCACAGCUCCCAUCAGGCCGAUCCUGUCUCACCCUGAGAAGCUGCUCUUCAUCCUGGAUGGCAUAGAUGAGCCAGCAUGGGUCUUGGAGGAUCAGAAUCCUGAGCUCUGUCUGCACUGGAGCCAGCCACGGCCUGUGCACACACUGCUGGGCAGUUUGCUGGGGAAAUCCAUCCUCCCGGGGGCUUCCUUCCUGCUCACAGCUCGGACCUCAGCUCUACAUAGCUUCAUUCCUUCACUGGGGCAGCCACGUUGGGUGGAAGUCCUGGGCUUCUCUGAGUCAGGACGGAAGGAAUACUUCUACAAAUAUUUUGCAAAAGAAACUGAUGCAUUUGCAGCUUUUCGUUUAGUUGUCUCAAAGCCAGUGCUCUUCACCCUGUGUGAGGUUCCCUGGGUGUCCUGGCUGGUCUGCACUUGCCUGUCACAGCAGAUGGAGAAGUGGGAAGUCCUCUCACUGACCUCACAGACCACCACAGCCCUCUGCCUGAAAUACCUUUCCCAGAAAAUCCCAAGUCAGCUCUGGGGGACUCAGCUUAGAGCUCUCUGCUCACUGGCUGCUGAGGGUAUCUGCAGAAGAAGGAGCCUGUUUGGUGAAAGCGAUCUCCAUAAGCAAGGGUUGCCAGAUGAUGUCAUUGCCACUCUCCUGAAGAUUGGUAUCCUUCAAAGGCAGCCCAGAUCUCUGAGCUACAGCUUUGCCCAUUUGUGUCUCCAGGAGUUCCUUGCAGCGAUGUUCUGCAUCUUGGGGAACAAUGAGGAGAACCGUGGUGAUAUAGAGAACUACAGAAUUGUGGAAACAUUGAUAGAAGUGUAUGGGCAGCAAGGCCUGUUUGAGGCACCCAUUAUGCACUUUAUAUUUGGCCUUUUGAGUGAAGAGGGAUUGAGAGAGAUGAAGACCAUCUUCAACCGCCAGUUUCCUCUGCAUACACCAUGGCAACUUCUGGAGAAAGCCAGGUCAUUGCCCCAGCCUCAGCAUCUGUAUUCUCUGGGGUUGUUUCAUUGCCUCUAUGAGAUUCAGAAUGAGGAAUUCCUGACACAGGUGAUGCACAAUCUUCAAAGAAAAAGGGUGCGUGAUCAGACAGAUAUGAUGCACACAGUGGUGCAAAGAAAUGUGAGGCAUCUGGUGGUCCAGACAGAUGUGGAGCUCAUGCUGGUUACUUUCUGCAUUAAGUUCUGCCACCAUGUGAAGAGGCUUCAGCUGAAUGGGGAAGGACAGAAGGAAACAAUGCUGGUGGCUCCAAGGACGGUCCUGUCCAGGUGGACUCCAAUCACUAAUGCCAGUUGGAAUAUUCUCUUCUCCACUCUUAACUACUCCAAAAGCCUGGAGGAGCUGGACCUGAGUGGAAAUCCCCUGAGCUACUCUGCAGUGCAGAGUCUUUGUUGCACCCUGAAACACCCUGGCUGCCACCUAAAGACACUGUGGCUUGUCAACUGUGGCCUCACAUGCAGCCACUGCCUGCACCUGGCCUCAAUGCUCAGUGCCCGCUCCAGCCUAGCUGAGCUAGACCUGCGGCUGAAUGACCUGGGCAACUAUGGUGUGAGGCUGCUGUGUAAGGGACUCAGGAAACCUGCCUGCAACCUCAGCAUCCUGCGGCUGGACCAGGCCCAUCUCAAUGACCAGGUGAUUGCAGAGCUCAGGGCUCUGGAGGCAGAGAAGCCUCAGCUGCUCAUCUCCAGCACGUGGAAACCACAUGUGAUGGACCCUACUAAGAACACAGAUGGAGAAGGACUGGGUGAUGGCCAAAUCUCAUUCAAGCGACAGAGACUACAGUCAGGUAUGUGAAAGGUGGAAACGCUGGGGAUGGAUGAUGACUUCUGGGGCCCUACAGGACCUGUAGCUACUGAAGUGGUUGACAGAAAGAGGAGCUUGUACCGAGUUAAGUUCCCUGGUGCUGGUUCUUACCACAGUCCCAACACAGGACUCCACUUUGUGGUGACAAGGGCAGUGACAAUCGAGAUUGGAUUCUGUUCCUGGAGCCAAUUCCUGGACAGGACUCCCUUGCCACACAGUUACAUGGUGGCUGGGCCUCUGUUUGACAUCAAGGCUGAGCAGGAAGCUGUGGCUGCUGUGCACCUCCCUCAUUUUGUGUCUCUCCAAGAGCGAAAAGUGGACAUCUCCUGGUUCCGCAUGGCCCACUUUCAAGAACAUGGGAUGGUCCUAGAAACUCCAGCCAGGGUGGAACAACACUAUGCAGUCCUGGAAAACCCAAGCUUUUCCUCAAUGGGAGUUUUGCUGGGACCAUUGCCUGAUAUCAGCCACAGCAUCCCCAUCAGUUCCAUCACAUUGAUCUACCAUCACCGCAAUCUCGAGGAUGUCACCUUUCACCUCUACCUGAUCCCCAAUGACUGUACUAUUCGGAAGGCAGUUGAUGAUGAAGAGAUGGUGUUCAGUUUUGUGCGAAUAAACAAGCCACCCCCAGUAGACUCUCUCUACAUCGGCUCCCGCUACAUUGUGUCUGGGUCUGAGACGCUCGAAAUCAUCCCUCAGGAACUGGAGCUGUGCUACCGAAGCCCAGAACAAUGCCAGCUCUUCUCCGAGAUCUCUGUUGUCCACAUGGAUUCAAGGAUUAAGGUGCAAAUCAGAGACAAGAAGGAUAAUAAUCUCAUAUGGGAGACCUUGCUGAAACCAGGGGACCUCAGACCUUCACUGCCCAGGAUCGCUCCAGUUCUCAAAGAUGUCCCUGCCUUGCUGCACUUUGUGGACCAGCAUCGGGAGCAACUGGUGGCACGAGUGACAUCAGUGGACCCUGUCCUGGACAAGCUGUAUGGUCUGAUGCUGAGUGAAGAGGAGUAUCAGGCAGUGCGGGCUGAGGUCACCAACCCGGACAAGAUGCGGAAGCUCUUCAGUUUCAGCCGGUCUUGGAGGAAGGACAACAAAGACCAACUCUACCAAGCUCUAAAGGAAACCCAUCCUCACCUGAUCAUGGACCUCUUUGAGAAGUCCAGCGGGGUCUCUGUGGGAUCCUGACAUCUUCACGGCUGAGGGGUGAGCACUCUCCUUAGGGUCCUGGCUCUCCCUGAGCUUCCUUUGGUCCUCAGUUUCUCCAUUUAUAACCAAUCUCUGUGCAGUUCAAACUGAGGAUGGAGUAAUUUCUUCCUCUGACCCCACCUGCCUGGCCACAGUGUGUCAGCAGGACUUCCGAUGAUGCCUUGGUAGCUCAGCUAAGUCCUCUACAGUGUUCAUAUUUGGUGACACUGCACAGCCUCAUGCAGCUCCCAUUUGCAGGACCAUGUGGCUACUGAUUUGUCUGCCUGGAAAGAACAGGGCCCAAAGCACUAUCCCUCUUGGUUUCAGGGCUUCAGGCAUAUUUUUGCUGCCUGCUGCUAGCAAAGCAGUCACUAAUUUACUCAUCAGGGCAGGCCCUUGCUUCUGUCUGGCAUGGAAUCCACACAGCUCUUCAUGUUUUUCUGCCAUCUCCUGCCACCCUGCCAGGACGCAAAACAAAGGCCCAACUCUGCCUGGCCCCUCUCUCAGGGCACCAGCUAGCAGCAGGGGUACCAAGCCUGCUAAGAGCUAUGGAGCACUGCCAGCCCUUCCCAGGGUCAAAGCAUCAAUAGCAAUGGUGACUGUUCCACCCAAACAGGGUCUUUCCCAUAGACGACUGUCCACCUCACCCACAG